GUGUGGCAUAGCGACUCGCUUCAAUACGUCAGCGUACAUCUGCAUAAGUUGCCACACGGAUCUGAUAAGCAUCACAACUAUCUUCCACAUCGAAAAAAUAAGAAUAAGCCGCCGUUGACAUUGCGUAUGCCACUAGAAAUUGAAGAUAGAGCACGUGAUUGUUGUUUAAGAUAUCAUCAUAGCUUUUCCAUCCUCGAUUGUGGCGUUUUUAUAGCCGAACCCAUCACCGUCAAUUGCGAAGCACAAGACACAAAACUCAUUGUUAUAACGAGAUAUCACCUGCUCAAUAUAUACUCCAAAGCACCUUUUCUAUACAAGAUGACGUCCACUGGUCACAAAAGCCCAUUCUCUGAGGAAGCGCCGGUAGAAACGAUCCUGCUCCCCGCCGGAAGAGCUGACACCGCGGACAACGGCCCCUCACCCACGGAGCCUACUGGCACUGCACCCUAUCCAUCAUCUCGAGGGACGGAAGACAGCCCUUGGAAACCAUCCUUCAGCCGACAGCAAAGCUGGAACGAGCAAGAUAUGAAGCAUCGCUUCCAGGAAAGGCUGCUCGGAUCUGAGAGGGGCAGGGAAUCCGGCUUCACGGAAGCCCAACGCAGUGGAUAGCAAGCGACGAGAGGAAAUACGACUCAGCCAGAAACUAUGAAAUCGUCGUUGGAUUUGCCCUGCUGCUGCGAUCCAGGAUAUUGCGCAGGACU